UUAAACGGAGGGGCGCUGCAGAGAUGAAAACUGAUCUGAAUUUACUAAUUGAAUGUCUAAAGUAUCAAAUGGAUCAUCCUGCUUCUCAAAAAGAGGCCUUGGUUACUAUUUAUUCAGUUUGUCAGCAAAACACUGAUGCAAGUGAUUAUUUUCGAGAAAUAGGUGGUUUGAUGUUUGUACAUAACCUUGCAAAGUCAAGCGUGCACAGCAUGGUAAAGGAAGCUGCCUUAUUUACAUUAGGAGGUUUAGCUGAACACAAUGUGUUCUGCCAACAGACACUAUGCACUUCUGGAUUAUUUGAAGACUUGCACAGAUUUUUAACUAAUAAGGAUUCCAGUGUGAAUUUGAAAAGAAUGUCCAUUUAUGUCUUAUUAGCACUAGUUUCAAAUAACAAGCAUGGGCAAAUGUGUGUGAGAGAAUCUGGUUGCCUUAGUGUUCUGCUUCAAUUAUUCAGAACAAGUCUUUCAAUCUCUGAAGUGAACCUUUUGGAACAAAAUAUUAACCAAUAUCAUCUGUGGUCUUCAAUUUGCAGUGCUCUCUGUGCAAGUGUCAAUAAUCCCCAGAAUGAGGACAAUCAGAAAACUUGCAGUUUGGUUUUUCCACAUGCAAAAGACUGGCUGCAAAGUUGUAUAAAGUCUGAGAUAGUUCGUCCAAUAUGUUCAUUCAUUGGGUUCACAGUUGCAAAUAAUUCAAGAAUACAGCAAUUUUUUGUUUCUAUUGGUGGAUUAGCUGUUUUGGAUGAGCUUCUUGUGAAACUUAUGCAUGACUCAGCUGGGAACUAUUCAAGCACAAAACUUGCAAUAGUGGUGACAAAAACCAUGGAUGCCUGUAUUGCUGAUAACUAUGGAAUUAACCUGUCAAAGUAUAAUAUUGUGCCAAAUCUAUUGACCCUGCUUUCUUACAAACUUCUGGAUUCAGGAGAAAAAUUUAGUAUUAUACUUACCCUUGGACAUUGUACAGAUGGCUGCGAGGAAAAUCAGUAUGCUCUGGUCAAGAACAAUGGCCUUCCACUUAUGAUUCAGGCGCUAACUGAAUCGCAGGAUGAAGAACUACAUAAGGCUGCUACCUUUGUGCUGCACAACUGCAAACAGAUCACUGAGAAGUUGUCACGGAAGUUAAAUAAGCAUUCAUUAAAACCGGAUGAUGCAGAACAGUUGCAGGUAGAUCUGCAGAGCAGAGAGACAAUCUUUGAAGACUACUGGGACAAAGGAAAAGAAAUUUUAUAUAGAAUUGAAAGGCUUGAAAAUGACUAUCAACAGGAAAAAGUGCGAAGACAAAUAUUAAUUGUUGACAAUAUUCCUGAAGAAGAGAUUCUGCAGACUACACCAAAACAUAUUCAAGAAAAUGCAAGCAAGCAAAAUUCUAAUCAUGGCAUGAUAUGUACAAAAGUGAACCAACCCCUACUAAAUUCUGUAUCUACUAAGAUGAUUGCUAUUAAAUCCGUAAAAGAUUAUUCAGAGUAUCCAACUGAUACAUUACUCAGUCAAAAUGAACAUAAUCACCUUCUUCAUGCAGCUGAUAAAAUGAGAACAGCCAAGAUAAACAAAAUCCAUGUUACAGAUAAUAGCUCUAUUUGUGAAUCUAGCAAGUCUGAAGUUCGAGCAAGUGAAUUCUUGUUUAAGCAGGCAGAUUUUGUAGUUAAAAGCACGACUCAACAGGUACAACAUACAGAGCCACAGUGUUCAAGCAUAACAAGAAGGGGGAAAAGCUGUACUGUGACUACUUCUAAAAUGUCAGAGUUAAGAUGUACAGGUUGUAUAACAGUAGGACUUUCCGUAAACAGCCGAAAUUUUAGCAAGAUUUUGCAGUCUUGUCAACAUCUAUGUGAACAACACAAAGCUAUUCUAGAUACCGAAAUGAAUUAUAAAAGGAACCUAAAAAGAUCUAUUUUCUCUAGCAGAAAUAUUUCUGCAGACUCUAAUGAACAUUGAAAUUAACCUGUCAGAUAUACCUGCAACAGCUUUUAGAAAAAGCCAACGGAG